AUGGCUGCCAUCAACAAGAUUGCCACCAACUCGCCCUCCCGGCAGAACCCCUCCGAGCUGGAGACCGCGAUUGCCGGUGCUCUGUUCGACCUCGAGAGCAACACUCAGGACCUGAAGGCCUCCCUUCGUCCCCUGCAGUUCGUCUCUGCCCGUGAGGUCGAGGUCGGCCACGGCAAGAAGGCCAUCGUUGUCUUCGUCCCCGUCCCUCUCCUCCAGAGCUUCCACAAGAUCCAGCAGCGCCUGACCCGCGAGCUGGAGAAGAAGUUCUCUGACCGCCACGUCCUCUUCGUUGCUCAGCGCCGCAUCCUCGCCCGCCCCAAGCGCUCCGUCAACUCCCGCACCAACCAGACCCAGAAGCGUCCCCGCUCCCGCACUCUGACCGCCGUCCACGAGAACAUCCUCGCCGAUCUCGUCUACCCCGUUGAGAUUGUCGGCAAGCGCACUCGCACCAAGGAGGAUGGCUCCAAGACCCUCAAGGUCGUUCUCGACGAGAAGGAGAAGGGUGGUGUUGACCACCGCCUCGAUGCCUACGGCGAGGUCUACCGUCGUUUGACCGGCCGCACUGUUGUUUUCGAGUUCCCCCAGAGCGGCGCUGAGUACUAA